AUGGAAGUGCAGCCAGACGAUUGGAUCGACGAAGAAUUCAGCAAUAAAAAAAAGAAUAAAAAACAAGAAAUUGCCGAUAACCCUAUUGAAUCUGACAAGCCUGUUGAAGAGAGUGAGGGAAAUGUAGCAGCUGAGACUGUAUCUACCGAAGAUUCCAACCCGCCAGCAUCAGAGAUACCACAGGCUCCACCGGAAGCCGCGAAUGAUGAUUCAAAAAAGGAUAAAAAGAAAAAAAAAAAUAAAUCAACAAAAGAGGAAGAAAAAAAGGCUCCAGCAAAAAAGAAACCACCAAUUGCGGCUAUUCGUGCACAACUAGAGGCUCAGCGUAUCGCUGAAGAAGAAAGAAAACGGCAAGAAGAGGAAGAACAAAAGCGAAUUGAAGAGGAACGAAGGCGUAAAGAAGAAGAAGAAAAACAGAAGGAAUUAGCCAAGCAGAGAAAGAAAGACAAGGAAAAGGAAAAGAAAGAACGGCUUAAAAAGGAGGGUAAAUAUUUAAACCCUGCUCAAAAGGCAAAGAUGCAGCAAGCCCAAAAGCGGUUGCAACAGAUGAUAGACUCUGGGUAUAAGAUAGAGGGUCUUGAUAAGGAUGGUGAACAAAAAACAAAAAAAGUUGUUUACUCUAAUAAGAAGAAGCCCCCAACAAAACAAACUUCUGAUAAAACCGAAGUGGAUGAUGCCUCAGAGUCAAAAGUGGGCAAUAAUUCAGUAUCUUUAGAAAAUAUAGAUGAAAAAAAAAUUGACGCUAAUAAAGACACAAAAGAAGAAGACGAGGAAAUAGAAAACAAUAAAUCCAUCGAAAUAAAAGACAAUAUCAAAGAUCAAUGGGAUGCGUCAUCAUCAGAUGAAGAAGAUGAUGUGUUAUCAGAUGAUGAAAAGAUCUCAACAAAUGAUGUUGAAACCCCACCGACGGCUCCUAUAAAAGCUGAUACGGCCAAAAAGCAGGAGCUUCCUACAAAAGCUGAUACAGCCAAAAAACAUGAACCUCCUACAAAAGUUGAUACGGCCAAAAAGCAGGAACCUUCUACAAAAGCAGAUACGGCCAAAAAGCAGGAACCUCCUACAAAAGCCGGUGCGGCCAAAAAGCAGGAGCCGGUUAAAGAUGCAAAGUCAAAAGAUGAAUCUGAGAGUGAGGAAGAUGAGUCUGAAUCGGAGGGUAUUGAUGAGGAUAGCGAUGAAGAAUCUGACAAUGAAAAAGUUACAGAGCGCCAAAAACAAAGGAACCAAAGAAAGGCUGAGGCUGCGGAACGUCGAAAGGCAAUUUUCGAAAUUAUUAAACGAUAUGAGGAGGCACUUGCCAAUAGAUCUAAAGACGAUUUGAGAUCACCAAUCUGCUGCAUUUUAGGACAUGUCGAUACAGAUAU